AUGGACCUACUGACACAAUCCAGUAUCAUGCUACGGCGCCACACAAUCCCCGCCAACAACGACCGCCACCCCAUCGAUCACCAAGCACCCAAACCAAAAGAGAGAGUGGACGACCGCGGCUUUACAUUUUUGACUAUCCUGGCUGCCAUCGUAUGUUAUCAUUUGUAUGCUAUUCCGGAUAAGAGUUUAUGGGCUGGUGAUCUUCAAUUGUCACCGGUGUUUUACUCUGUCGGCGGAUUAGUUGGCCAAGGGUUGAUAGCGAUUUUAUAUGGAGCUCCGUAUAGCGCAAUCGUCAUCAGUGGCAUCGACUCAUCGGUCGCUUUCAUUCUUGGUUUGGCUAAACUUGCUGGUCUCUAUGAUUGGGUCGAAAAAUGUAUGGCUUUCAUCAGCAUCUACUACGUCGGGAUUCGGUAUUUGCUACGUUGCACUAGUGUCUUUCAAAUUCGAAACAUCCGGUACAAACUAGCGACGAUAGCGCUUAUUUUUCAAUAUAUAGCUGUGUUAUGUAUCGUCAUCAUCCCUACCAUGACGGACAAGUCUUUUAUCGCCCGAUGUGCAUGCUGGGCAAGUGAGUGUAUCGUGUGUGUAUGUAUUGGUUGUAUACUCACGGUAAACGAUGAGGAUCCAACAUUUCCGAUUGUCUCAACUGAAUCAGAAGACCACAAGAAUUAUGUUUCUGACGGAUACGUCUUGAAAAAUUUUGGGCUGAAGAAGAGUUUCUGA